CUUUAUAAAUACAUUGAAACAUGGAUGAAAAAGGAAACGCUACUUUUUCUGUAGGUGGUACGAUAAAUCCCAAUGAAUUCGAUGUUUCCGUCAGUGCAUUACUUAUUGGGCUAGGUGGAGAAAAAUACAUUGAUAUUUUUAGGAAAAAUAACAUUGGACAGAGUACUCUAAUAGAACUUACAAAUGAAGAUUUGAUAAAGUUGGGUAUAGAUGAUGCCGGUAUAAGAAAAAAGCUACUAGAUGAAGUAAAAAAUUUGCCUGUUUAUACUGAGAUUAUAGAGAAUAUACCUUCUAAGCCAAACUUGGAUCUCAAGGAAGUGAUCAAUGUGCUUGAAGAAAGUUCUCAGCACUUGUACAGAAUAUAUUUAAGCAUGAUGACCAACACAUUAGCACUGAAAAACUCAAAGGCGGUAGAUUGUCUAAUCGAUGAUGAACUGUUUGCUUCAAAAGUUGCGCUGUCUUCACUCAGGCAGAUGACUGAAACCUUAAAUGUCAUGGACAUAGCCCUACAUACACAAUUUAAGGCUGCGUCUAAAGAAUCAAAACACCGAAGAAGAAAAAAGGUUGUAGUGGGCACUUUAGGUGGUGUUAUUAUAGCUGUCCUUGGGGUUUGUUUUGUCCGCUCACUCAAAAAUCUUUAAUUAGAUAAAGACGAUUGAAUUUGAUUAUCAUAACACAAAAACUUCAUGAAUACUAUUCUGCACAAAAGAGUACAUUUAAAAAAUUACAAUCUGUGGCAAAGGUUUUAAGAAGCCAAGUGGGGUAUUACAGGUGUGGGAACAUGUUAUUAGUUUUAUGACUACAUAUCUGUAUUUGGGAUUCUGAAAGUCUGUUAAACAUUAUUUUGACUGAUUUCUAAAUAAUGGUGAAACUCAGCAAUUCCUCUUACAGUUGUUGAUUUGUCCUUUGUAUACUACUUAAUAAUUGUUAAUUAACAUGAAAA